AUGUAUAAACGCUUCUUUCCACCUAUUAUCAUUUCUUUUUUUCUUUCUCGAUAUCUAUCUAUCUAUCUAUCUAUCUAUCUAUCUAUCUAUCUAUCUAUCUAUCUUUAUCUAUCUAUCUAUAUCUAUCUAUCUUAUCUAUCUAUUUUGUUUGCCUUUUUCUCUGCUUUCUUUCUUUCUAAAAAAUUCUCAUCUAUCUAUAAACGCUUCUUUAUACGUAUUAUCUUUUCUUUUUUUCUCGAUAUCUAUCUAUCUAUCUAUCUAUCUAUCUAUCUUAGACUUUUCUAUCUUUCUUACUUUUCAUUAUUCUUUCCGUCUUUAUUUCUUUCAUUCCUUCAUUUCUUUCUUUCUUUCUUUCUUUCUUUCUUUCUUUCUUCUAAAAGUCUCCUAUCAAAUUAUAAACGCUUUUUUCCACAUAUUAUCUUUUCUUUUUUCUAUCUAUCUAUCUAUCUAUCUAUCUAUCUAUCUAUCUAUCUAUCUAUCUAUCCUAGACUCUUUCUUUCUUUCUUUCUUUCUUUCUUUCUUUCUUUCUUUCUUUGUUCUGAUGAUGAAUUCUUGUCAUGCUUGUUUCUUUCUUUCUUUCUUUCUUUCUUUCUUUCUUUCUUUCUUUCUUUCUUUCUUCUAAGACUCUGUCAUCCAUCUAUAAACGCUUCUCUCCACAUAUUAUCUUUCCACCAUUUUUCACCUAUCACCUUUUUAAACGUUUCUUGUCCUUUACUUCUUUCUCCCAUCUUCUGGCAUGAGAUAUUAAGCACUUUCUUUCUUGUUCUUCCUUUUUCUUUCUUUCUUUCUUUCUUUCUUUCUUUCUUUCUUUCUAUUUCUCACUGA